UUAUUGAUGACGUCAUAAUGUUCAUUGUAUGUACGAUACUGGCUUGGAGGUACAAAUCAGAACACACUUUUAAAAAAAUACGAACAGCUUACAAAAUUAAAAAAAGUCAUGACAACCAGCCAGUGUUGGACGCUUUGGCAGAGCAUGCCUCCAAGAUACCAGUUGUCGGCGAAAGAGUUUAUCGUCCAGCAUCCAGAAUGGAAACCAGCGCUCGACAACAACGCAACGUUGCCGGCGGCUGAGGCGUAUUGUCCGGUGAAAACGAAGGUAUCCUUUUCCGGAAUUGCGCCACAUUCACACAACGAGAAUCUGCGAGCUCGUGUAGAGAGUCGAAGCCAGGCCUUCCCGGUGAGGACGUCUGUGUACAUACGCAAUCUAAAACACCAGAAAAGGGUCAACUCUGCCAGACAGCGAAUAAUGGACGAUCCAACAGUCAUUUCAUACACGCCGUUAAUUCGGGCACACACAACGCCUCAGAUACCACUUACAAACCUGGCCAACCUGGAAUCGUUUGAUGACUUCCAGAAUCAAGAGGAUCAGAAACCACAGAGGGCGUCCCUUUCCGUGAAAAACAUUGCCCCUUUCCUCAGCACUAGUCCAAAAAACAAAAUAAAAGGACGCAUGAAACAGUACGUUGUAACCCCCUCCGAUAACGCAGUCAUGUACAUCGAUAACGACAAAAUAUUGUACUUUCGGAACAACAAACCCGACAUAACACAGUUAUUCAAGACGGAAGAAAACUACAUUGCUCACCUGCGUAAAGAAUUCCUCAAUCGUGCAACGGCUGCUAGAGUGGAAAGCGACGGAGCUGUCAAAGCUGUAGUAAAAGAAAGAAUUGACUACGACAGGCGGGUCGGCCACAUCCUUGACUACUAUGAAAAGGGAGACAUUUCGUGGUUUAAGAAGCACGAAAAAGCGACCGACAAUGAAACCUCCGAACCUCAUGAAGAUCGCAUUCAAUCAGCGCGAACUGCGAGCGGCACUAGGACAUCAAGGAGCUGCCAGACACCAAGAAGGACAAAAAGUUCCAGGUCUGCCCGUCUAAGGAGCCUGCUUGCGGGUCCUGACAAAUCGAGUCAGACGAGAGCAACAUGUCUUGAGGAAGACUGGCAGACGUACCUCAAGAUGAAUGUUCAGUCAAUUCUACACGGAAGGGAAUUUCUUCCUGAGACUCCUGAUGGUCAUGGUGGUGUCAAUCAAAUGGAAUGCAGCAGCCUGACCAAUAGUAUAUCCUGCGAGUGUAGGAUGUGUCGUUUGGAGAUGCUCUCUCCCUCACCCCAAAUUCCCCCAAAAAUUUGUUUUAAGGAAGAACACAGAGAAAUAUCUAAAAUGUUGAAUGACCAACCCCUGCUUGUUUCUGGGGGUGGAGGUUCAUUUAGUCUCAAUCUGGAAACUGAGGAUUCCAGUUUAAAUACAAAAGCAAAACAAGCAGAUACAGAAGAGAGUGCAGACACGACGAACGGUGAAAGGGUAAGAGAGUGCAGAAAGAAAGAGGAAAGGGAGAAAGGAAGUAGAGAAAAAGAAAAAAAGAAGAAAGAGAAAAGAGACAAACAGGGCAAAGAGAAAGUGGAAAGGGACAAAAAGGAAUGGGGAAAAGGCGGAAAUGAGGAAAGGGAAAGCGUGAAAGAGGCAAGUUUGAAAGACGAAAAGUGGGACGAGGUAGGGCAGGAAGAGGAAUGGGAGAAAGAGCAAAGGAAAAAGGAAUGUUCUUGGGAUGAAGAAAUUCACAGAGAUGCAGAAUAUAUAUCAAUCACACUUCCAGACAUCCAGGAAAUAAGCAAAGAUCACGCAGCCAGUCCUAUACAUUUCAACUUCAGUUACUGUCCACCUCCAAAUCACAGUCCUUGUCUCUGCACACACAGAAGAUGCUUGCUCUUGUGGCCACCUGUGCCUCACACCCAUUUCUCCCCCAUCAGCUGGGAUCGAUCGUCAUUGAUGGACUCAGGGUUAUCCGAUCCCAACCAAUGCCCCACGGCUGAUGUACUUGGAUUCAACGUACUUUCAGCACUAACCAUUUUGAAGUGCUCGUUUUAUGACCCUCCCUUCCCCACCCCCAAUGUACUUUUUUGAUGAUCAGCUGAUUUGUUUUUAUUCCUGGCCCCUUAGGAACCGUGGGUCCGUGCCC